AGAUGUUACAAGAAUACAAGGAUUAUGAGAUAGGACCACCACCAUUACCAGUUGAGGGAGAUCAAUUGAGCUUAUCUAAGCUCAUGGAUGCUGACAGGGGCUUUGAGAAUGUCAAGAAAAGUAGUGAACAACUGUGUCGACCCCACCUGUCAAUUGAGAAUUGGAAUGAUAGAGAUUAUUUGGUUAUAAAUAUAAAAACUCAUGAUAGACUUAAGCUUAUGUUUGACACAAUAUGUGCUUUAACGGAUAUGGGCUAUGAUGUGCUUCAUGGCUUUGUUAGCUGCCACGAAUCAGUGGCAUUUCAGGAAUAUUUUGUGCGAGGGAUGAAUGAGCAUAUAAUGUUCAAUGAGAUUGAGAAACAAAAUAUGAUUCGAAGUUUGACAGCAGCUGUUGAACGGAGAAUGUCUAGAGGACUGAAGAUGGAGGUGCACACUUUUGACAGGCACGGUCUCCUAUCAGUCAUGAGCAGAAAAUUGAGGGAAAAUAACAUGUCCUUCAAAACAGCAGAGUUUGCAAAAAGAUGGUUGUUUGGCCAUCGGAACAUUUUAUAUCACUGA